AUGACCUUGACAACGUACAUCAAGGUCAUUAAAAUCGGAAUUUUCAGCUUGCUGCAAUUAGAUCUCUCGGCUAAUUUCUUCCAGGAGUUUCCCACUGAUGCAUUAAGACACUUAACGGACUUAAAAUUCUUAAAUAUCUCUAACAAUCUUAUUACCGAAAUAGAACGGAUACAUCUGUUAAGCUUGAACGAGUUGCAAGUAUUAGAUUUGAGCCGUAACAACAUAGGUCGACUUGGAAUUAAUACAUUCUCUAAUCUUAUCGCUCUUAUAAGACUAGAUCUGAGCUUCAAUGCGCUGCGCACGAUCGAAGAAUCGUCUUUCGAGGGUUUGACAAAACUGAAAUGGUUAUCUUUGCAAGACAACAACAUUCUAUUAGUGCCAGCUUCGGCCCUCACACAAUUACCAUCUCUGGCGCAUUUACACGUGCAAUUCAAUCGCAUCGCCGCACUAUCUAGUGAACUAAUUCGUGCCACGUCAACAAAUCUUAUGACCUUGGGUCUAACACGCAAUCUAGUUCGCGAAAUACCACCUAGAUUGUUCUAUAACUUUGAAAAUCUCAUCAACAUUGAGCUCUCUGGCAACAUGCUGUCUAUUAUUUCGCAAAAUAUGUUUGCUGGUCUGGAAGACACUUUGCAAAAUCUUGAUAUAUCGUAUAAUCGAUUGACGGACAUCAUCGAAUUGCCAUUAAGAAAUUUAGUUUCACUAAACUUGGCGGGUAACCAAUUAAAACGAAUAUCACCGGAUACUUUCAAGUAUUUGCAUAAACUACGGUAUUUAAAUCUCAGUAAUAAUCCCUUGUAUGGCGGUUUUCCUCCAAUUUUUCCUUCGUCUUUGAUCAACCUUGACAUAUCUUACACAGAGCUCAAAAUUUUACCAUCUGUGUUACUGUUGAAUCUUGAAUCCCUAGAAAGGAUUUCUCUAGCUAGCAAUCAGCUACAAGAAAUUGACGAAGGCACUUUCCAGUAUCUCUAUAAUCUCACGACAAUCGAUCUCUCGUACAAUGCCAUUGAACAUAUCGACAAUAAUGCCUUUGUUGGUCUCAUAAAUCUUUAUUCGUUAAAUUUGCGAGAUAAUAGGCUUACGUCGUUUAUCGGCGAACAUUUCAACACAGGCACUGGCUUGGAAAUCCUUGAUUUAUCGGACAAUCGCAUCAACCAGUUAUCGCAGACAGCUUUUGCAAUUCAUCCGAGGCUCAGACAACUCAAUCUUUCAGGCAAUAGGUUCGUUCAAUUUUCCAGUGAUUACGUCAAGUCACUACAGUUUUUGGAAUGGUUAGACCUAUCCAGGAAUAUGCUGCUCCACGUGAACGAAUUUGCCUUCUCACAAAUGGGAAGAUUGCGUGAUUUGGAUCUUUCUGAUAAUAAAAUUGAAUCGGUGGACGAAUUGGCUUUCUAUAAUUCCACACAGCUCCAAUUGCUAGAUUUAUCUGGCAAUGUUCUCGAAACGCUGAACGAACGCACAAUGGAAGGUCUACUUCGAUUAGAAUCUCUGGAUUUACGCAACAAUCGACUUGCAUUGUUACCCGAGACCAUUUUCGACUCGUCGAGAGUUCACGCCGUGGAAAGAAUCGAUUUAUCUGGUAAUCGUUUUAAUGAGAUACCAAUCCGCGCAUUGCAACGGCAAUUUGUAUCGUUAUUCAGCCUAAAAUUAGCUCAAAAUCGAGUACUGGAAGUGUUCACACAAGAUAUUAUCAAUAAUGUGAAGGAGCUUGAUCUUUCUGAAAAUCCUUUGAGUGAGAACGCAAUACGCGGCAUUCUAGGCGAAGCAAAAGUUCUGCGUUCGCUGAAUCUUGCUAAUACAAGUAUUAAGACUAUUCCCAGACUAGAGACACCAUUUCUCAGGCAUUUAAAUCUUUCGGGCAAUACGAUCACAGAUAUUAACCCGGUUAUGUUCGAGCGUACUACGAUGUUAGAAAGUCUAGAUGUGUCGAAAAACCGUCUGACAGAUUUCACGAAUCUGAUCAGAACCUUCAAAAAUCUGCCAGUACUUCAGAGUCUAGACAUUUCCAAUAACGAAUUGAAGAACAUCAACGAGAGCAACUUCGACGGAUUAGCUAUGUUACACUCCUUAAAAAUGGCGAAUUUGCUGAAUUGUACUAGAAUUGAAAAAAAUGCAUUUAGAUCGCUGACAAAAUUGCGACUUCUACAUGCCUAUAACUAUCCGAAAUUGGGAUAUUUUGACGUACAGGGUAUUUUAAAGCAUAUGACAAAUCUAGAGAUAUUGGAUAUCGAAAUAAAGGAUUCGUCGGUGGGCAACGAGCAGCUAUCAGUGCGAAUUCAUCCUUAUUUACGAGAUCUGACAUUACGAGGGGAAAGACUACGCAACAUCCUUUCAAGUUCACUGGUCGGUGUGCGGGGACCAAGAUUGCUACUGAGUUUGAAGGAUACUUCCGUGGAUUCGAUACCAACAGCUCUCUUUUUUCCAGUUCCGCGUUCUACUAAAAUUGAACUGAAUGUCUCUGGUAGCAAGUUUACCAAUCUACCUCCUCAGUUAUUAAAUGCUUUGGAUGAACGUAGAGCUUCCGUAAGAAUUAGUGGAUUGGAUAACAACCCGAUCAACUGCAGUUGUGAAGUGAGACAUCUGUGGAACUGGCUUAAAUUAUUGGAUAAUAAAGCGCCUACUGUUAUCUGUGCCAAACCGGACUAUUUAAUGGGUACACUGCUGAGUAAUCUCACAGAGGAGUAUUUCUUGUGCAAUCGUACAACGUUGACAAAAUUACAAACGACAGAAAUCACACCGUUGACAAAAUCAACAACUCUAGAACCAGAGAUCAUCUGGACCGUUGCACCAACAGUACAAAACAAUCGAAAUAACCACUAUAAUAAUGAUCAUACAGGUACAUCUACACUCAGCAACAUUUCAAAUACUGAUGACACCCUGAUUAUCGGCAUCGUCGGCAGUGUAGUGGCAUUUAUCGCGAUCAUUAUCAUUACGAUCUGCAUCUGUCGAUUACGCUGGAGUAACCAAAUGCAGGAAGCAAGAAUUGCAGCGAUGGCAGCGUCUAGCAUUCACGAAGCAUCGAUGAUUCGGCCAGCGAGUGCUUACUCGGGCAAGAUCAAUCCUCACGAUCUUUAUGUAAGCUCGUACAAUGGCUCAACUCUAGAACGUGGCGGUAACAAUUCAAACCCAUCAGCCACUCCCGUGCAAAUGAUGCCCUAUGUGCAACCGAUACACAUGAUGCAUGCCGUGAGCUCACUUUCGCCGUCCUCACAGCAAAUCUAUGGAUAUUAUGAUAAUCCAUCUCUCCCCGUGUACGUAACGGAAAACAAAUUGGACAGAUAACAUAAUUCAACAAAAAAAAAACUUUUUUUCAAACUAACAAUAAGAGAAAGAGCAUGUCCGUUAUUAUGUUGAAUAUAAUUUCCGUUCACAUGCUACAUUAUUUUAUUAUUAGUUAUACAAUUUUGAAAAAAUCAAGGUAAAAUUGUAAAAAAUUUUCAUGUAGUUUAUCACAUAAUGUGUUGGAAAUUUUUAUGUUAUUUGAAAUUAAGUAUUCUAUAUUGUUAAAAUAUUUUCUCCUUAAA